AUGCUCAGCGCCAGAAACACAAUCAGAAGUGCACGUCUGUACUCCACAGCCUCCAAGACCCUUAGAAUUGGGUUGAUUCCAGGUGACGGUAUCGGAAGGGAAGUGAUCCCGACUGGUCGCCAAAUCCUUGAGGCUGUCUCUUCCAAGCACGGCCUCAAGUUUGAGUUUGUUGAGCUUCAAGCCGGUUUCGAACACUUCAAGAAGACUGGUACUGCGCUACCAGAUGAGACCGUUGAGAUCUUGAAGAAGGAAACCGACGGUGCGCUGUUUGGUGCUGUUUCUUCUCCAACCACCAAGGUUGCUGGUUACUCUUCACCAAUCGUUGCUCUUCGUAAGAAGCUCGGCCUUUACGCCAACGUUCGUCCUGUCAAGUCCGUUGAAGGAGUUGGACGUCCAGUUGAUAUGGUGAUUGUUCGUGAGAACACUGAGGACUUGUACGUCAAGGAGGAGAAAUUGAUUGAGAACCCAGACGGUACCAAGACUGCUGAGGCCAUCAAGAGAAUCUCAGAGUACGCAUCCAAGAGAAUUGGUAAGAUUGCCCUUGAUAUUGCUCUCCAGCGUCAAGCCCAAAGAGACCUUGGUGCUGCCUCUCUUCACAAGUCUCCAAUUGUCACCAUUACUCACAAGUCAAACGUCUUGAGUGUGUCUGAUGGCUUGUUCCGUGAGACCAUCAGAAACUUCUACAACGCUAACCAAGAUAAGUACUCCUCAAUCAGUUUGCAGGAACAGAUUGUUGAUUCAAUGGUUUACAGAAUGUUCCGUGAGCCAGAGAUCUUUGACGUUGUCGUUGCACCAAACUUGUACGGUGAUAUCCUUUCAGAUGGUGCUGCUGCUCUCGUGGGCUCCCUUGGUGUUGUUCCAUCUGCCAACGUUGGUGAUGACUACGUCAUUGGUGAGCCAUGUCACGGUUCUGCUCCAGAUAUUGAAGGUAAGGGUAUUGCCAACCCAAUUGCCACCAUUAGAUCCACUGCAUUGAUGUUGGAGUUCAUGGGCCAUGCGGAGCCUGCUGCUGACAUCUACACCGCUGUUGAUGCUAACUUGAAGGAGGAUGCCAUCAAGACCCCAGAUCUUGGUGGUAAAUCUUCUACCCAGGAGGUUGUUGCUGACAUCAUCAGACGUCUCUAGAUUAUGGUAUACGGAUGAAUACAUACGUGUAAAUAACUUCGAAUGAUCAAUUUAUAUGAGCUU